UGCACGGUUUGGAACGACUGCCACUGCUACUACCAGUCCGGGAUUUUCACGAACAUCAAGGACACUUUGUUCGGCCCAAACUGCCGCAGGUUCGCGGUGAAAAUACCGUACAAGAAAGUGUACAAGAAUGGACUGGGGAAUAAGAUCGCCCCUCAAGGACAAGGAGCUGCUGCUGCGUCGGGCGCUGCGGCUGUUCCGGCAGAUCACACUCUACAACCACCGCAAGUAGACUUGGAAGCUGUCGCGAAGCAGCAGGCGCAAGUACAGGCGCACUACAUCGCGAUCGACAAUGGCUGGAUCACCAAUUCUUGCUUCGAAACCGACGGAGACCGUAUUUCUUUUGUAAACACCGACGAAGACAGCUAUUACAUGCAGUAUGGAGGUCUCACCAGCUGGAACAAUGUGAACCGGAAAAAUUUGUGUUUCAAAAGGCGGAUCAUGUGUCCAGCUCCUGUGUGGCACAACCACUCUGGGUGUAGUUAAACUACACCCAGAGUGGUUGUUGGGUUUCGUAUAGCUUACCAUGGUAAUAAACUUAGUUUAUUACCAUGGUAAGCUAUACGAAACCCAAACCCCAACUCCAAACAGCGAAGUCCGAACCCGCGAACGCGAGUUUGGAACCUUCGACGGCCAGUUAGGAACCUGCGGGGGUCAGUUAGGAACCUUCCUGGGCCAGUUAGGAACCUCGAUAAGUGAGUUCGGAACCAUGUGCCGAAUUUUUGUUCGCAGGCUGGAUAUCUUAGUUAGGAACCAUCGGAAUGGAGUUCGGAACCACUCAACUCGCCUCCGGAAUUUCCGGACCUGAGUUCGGAAGCUUCGGACGCGAGUUCGGAACCUUUGGGGGUCAGUUCGGAACCUCCAGGGGUCAGCUCGGAACCUCGACAACGGAGUUCGGAACGAUGUGGCGAAUUUUUUAUGUAGGCUGGGCAUCUUAGUUAGGAACCAUCGGGCUAGAGUCGUACAACAAACAUGCACACUUCCAAUUCGUGGAGAUUGUUUCCGCUGCUGACCAGGCCAUAUGCAGUCGAGCCGGUACUGCUUCAUUCCGGAUACGGUGGUGACGGAAUCCAUGGUAUGCACUGCAAAUAUGUCUGGGUCUGGAAGGAUGCAAGGUUUGCCAUGUUUGUUUGGAAUGACUGAGGAGUCUGUCAUGCGUGUCCAAGAAGACACCCUUUUGCUUGUCAUGCAAAACGCAGUUUGUCAUGCGGAAAGCGCAACACUAAGCCGCGCAAAUAUUUCUCAUGCUUGGCUGUGCAUUCCAGAGAAUUCACUACUCACCACUCAGCAUCACAAGUUUCCAGACCCAGACAUAUUUGCAAUCCAUACAUGGUCCAGGUUGACGAUGUUGACAACGACGUGUUCAAUAUUGUGAGGAAAAAUCCUUCCUCCCCAUAUCGAAGAGGAAACUUGUGAUGCUGAUUUGUGAGCACAAAUCAGCUUUGUCUUGCGUACAAUGCAAACGGCACCCAUGUAACACAUUGCGCAGCCAGUCUGUCAUGCGUUUUCCCCUAUGUCAGAGCUGUUUCUCAUGCGCAGCUGCUAGCCGGAUGCGUAGUACCCGAACGGGCUUAGAAUAUGCCAACAAGCAGCUCUUGCUGCAAUACAAAAUUUGUGUACAACACAAAUCCAGCAACACAAAUUGUCUUAUCGAGUAUAGGGUGGGGUCUUUUUUCAUUUUGAUAUUCAUGUCGGUUCUGGAAGAUAGCGCGGAC